GAUAUAAAGCAAGAACAAGAGGUUUGUGGGGUCAGAUGAAGAGCAAAGGCCUGGAUCUCUCACACCCUUCUCUCUCCUGCCACUCUGGCUCAUUGCAGACACACCAGGGAGGAACCCUGAAAACUGCUCCAUCUCAGUGGGAGCCCUGGAGAUUUCCAGCAGACUCAAGGAGCUCACCUUCAUUCCUUCCUGUCUGACUCCCCCUUUCCCAGGUUCCAAGCCCAGCACCCAUCAGCCAUGAUCCAGCUCCGGGUGACCCCUGAGUCGUCGCUGGCCGACAUGCCGGUGAGGAUCCACGUCUCCGGCCUAGCGCCCACCCAGCUGGUGACCCUACAGUUGUCGCUGACGGACGAGAGGGGGGUGCACUUCCAGGCCCGAGCCUUCUACCGGGCAGAUGAGGCUGGGGAGGUGGACGUGGAGCAGGCGGCUGCCACGGGGGGCGACUACGUGGGUGUCUGGCCCAUGGGCCUCUUCUGGUUCCUCAAGCCGGAGAAGCUCUUCCACAGGCUGAUGAAACGGGAUGUGAUGAGCAGCCCCUUUUGCUUCCAACUCGACCUCUUUGACUCCUGCCAGCUUCUUCCCUCACCUCAGGUGGUGCCCCUGGCCACUUGCACCGUGGAGAGGUGGUACGUGGGCCCCGGAGUGGAGCGUGUCCCGAUCAAGGAGGGCCGGAUCCGAGGGGCCCUAUUCCUGCCCCCUGGGCCAGGCCCCUUUCCGGGGGUGAUCGACAUGUUUGGCGGGGCCGGCGGGCUCAUUGAGUUCCGAGCCAGCCUGCUCGCCAGCCGGGGCUACGCCGUACUGGCGCUGGCGUUCUUUGGCUAUGACGACCUGCCACGGGUGCUGGCAGAGGUAGACCUGGAGUAUUUCGAGGAAGCAGCCAACCUGCUCUUGAAACACCCCAAGGUGAAAGGCCCAGGCCUCGGAGUGAUCGGGGUGUCCAAAGGGGCCGAGGUCACGCUGGCCAUGGCUGCCUUCUUAGAGCAGGUGGUGGCUGCCGUCUGGAUCAAUGGCACAGGAUUCCUGAAUGGCACGCCACUGCGUUACAAAGGGGUCCACAUCCCCCACAUCCCCUACUGCCCUGAGCGGCUGCUCAUCACAGAGAUGGGGGUCCUGGACAACUACCACGUCUUCAAGGACCCCCGGGACCCGGCCCACGCAGCUGCCGCCAUCCCUGUGGAGAAGGCUCAAGGGGAGGUGCUCUUCGUGGUGGGAGAAGCCGACCGCAAUUUUAACAGCAAACUGUUUGCUGAGAUGGCCAUAGAGAGGAUGAAGAGCCACGGGAAGAAGAACUACACCCUGCUCUCGUACCCCGGAGCCGGGCACCUGAUCGAACCGCCGGGGUCCCCACUGUGCAGCAUCUCACUGAUCCGGGGGAGCCCCAAACCUGUGCACUGGGGGGGUGAGCCAGAGCCCCAUGCCAAAGCUCAGGAGCAUUCCUGGCAGGAGAUCCUGAACUUCCUUGACCGCUGUCUCGUAUCCCCCAGCAACCUGUAACAGCCAAGGGAGUGGGGGGCCAGGGGGACCCCCUCCUGCCAGGCUGGGGGAGCUCCUCCCAUCCCCCCAGCCUGAUCAACAUAAUAAAUACUGAGAACAUA